AUGUCGAUGGCAAGUCUCUCACAACGAGCAGAUCAUCCAUUAUCCCAACUUCAUCUUCUGCACGGUUCCCUCUUCACCGUUAAAUGCACGUCUUUUUACUGCAGCUACUCCCGUGAGAACGACUUCACUGAUCCAAUAGUCCCUGCUCUUGCGAUACCGAAGAAUGCUCCAGAGUCCAAGCCAUCGAUGGAGGAUAAGACGAGCGAGGAAGCUUCGAAGUCUGUAUAUAAUGAUUUAGGAAUACCGGAAGGUGAAGAAGUUGACAUUUCUGAUGACCGAGUUCCGCUGGCUCCGCUAAGCCCUGAUGUCCUUCCACAUUGCCCAGAGUGCAAAGAUGGACUCCUUCGGCCCGGGGUGGUGUGGUUUGGAGAGAGCUUGCCGUCACAAACCCUCGACAUGGUGGAUAGCUGGAUGAGGUCUGGUCCGAUCGAUCUAAUACUAGUGAUUGGUACAAGCUCCAGGGUGUACCCUGCUGCAGGCUAUGUUGAUAAGGCAAGGGCGAGAGGCGCUAGGGUUGCGGUGGUCAAUAUGGAUCGGAACGAUGUAGGAUCUUCAGGAUUAAAGCCAGGUGAUUGGUUCUUCAAAGGCGAUGCAGGUACCAUCGUUCCAGAAAUUUUGAAGGAAAUGAUUGGGGAGAUCUGA